AUGAGAGGAGUUGUGGUUGUUUUCAAAACAGUAUAUUCCAAAUAUAAUAUACAUCUAUCAUUUCACGUCACCAGUUUUCCUUGUUUUCUCUAUUAUUUUUAGAGAGAACAUGGUGACAAUUUCCCAUUUGAUGGUCGGGGAGUGGUACUGGCUCAUGCAUUCUUCCCUACUGGAAUGAGAUCCAGUAUUGAAGUUCAUUUUGAUGCCGACGAAGCAUGGACUACGGAUGGCAGCAGCGAUGAAGGUAAGUUUUGA